CACACACCUCAAACACCCGUACAAGCUCUCUCCUCCAUCCCAAUCACUCUAAGACACCUCCUCUACAGCCACACAGUACUGCCACUGAGAGAAGUGUUAUGGAAGGACCCAGGCCGGUUGUUCUGAGCGGCCCCUCAGGGGCAGGGAAGAGCACUCUUAUGAAGAUGUUACUGAGGGAUUAUGUUGGAGUCUUCGGCUUCAGCGUGUCACAUACAACACGGGGCCCACGUCCAGGAGAGGUAGAUGGCAAAGAUUACCACUUCUCAAACAGGGAGGCUAUGCAGGAGGAUAUUGAUGAUGGGAAAUACAUUGAGAAUGCUGAGUUUUCUGGCAACCUGUAUGGAACAAGCAAGUCUUCUGUAGAUGACGUGAGGGCCAAGGGCCUCAUCUGCAUCUUAGAUGUGGAGAUCCAGGGAGUGAAGAACAUCAAGGAGACUGAUCUGGACCCCAUCUAUGUUUCUAUCCAGCCCCCCUCUAUUGAGAUCCUGGAAAAGCGUCUGAGGGACAGAAAUACUGAGACAGAGGAGAGUCUGCAGAAGCGUCUGGAGGCAGCACGAGUUGACAUGGAGCUCAGCAACGAGCCAGGAAUGUUUGACGCGCUUAUUGUCAAUGAAGACUUAGAGGAGGCGUAUGAGAAGUUGCAAAGUGUUCUUAUUGAGGAAAUAACGAAGGUUCAGUCGACCAAGAAAGAAAGAUGCAAUUCUGUUAUGUCAGGACCCAGGCCGGUCGUUCUGAGCGGCCCCUCAGGGGCAGGGAAGAGCACUCUGCUAAAGAAACUGCUGAAGGACUACAAGGGAGUCUUCGGCUUCAGCGUGUCGCAUACAACCCGGGAUCCACGUCCAGGAGAGGUAGAUGGCAAAGGCCUGUUCUGUCUACCUAUGCUUCUGGGGGCUACAUUACUGCCCCUAGCAGACGUCCUAUCGUCUGUUUCAUCUGCAGAUUACCACUUCACAAACAGGGAGGCUAUGCAGGAGGAUAUUGACACGGGAGAAUUCAUUGAGACUAAUGAGUUUUCUGGCAACCUGUAUGGAACAAGUAAGUGUGCUGUACAGGACGUGAGGGCCAAGGGCCUCAUUUGUAUUUUGGAUGUGGAUAUUGCGGGAGUGAGACACAUCAAGGAAACUGACCUGGACCCCAUCUAUGUUUCUAUCCAGCCACCCUCCAUUGAGGUCCUGGAAGAGCGUCUGAGGGGUAGAGCGACGGAGACGGAGGAAAAAAUCCAGAGCCGCCUGGAGGCAGCACGCAUUGACAUGGAGGAGUGUAGGUCCACCAUACUGUCCUAUGUAAACAUGGAGGAGUGUAGGUCCACCAUACUGUCCUAUGUAAACAUGGAGGAGUGUAGGUCCACCAUACUGUCCUAUGUAAACAUGGAGGAGUGUAGGUUCACCAUACUGUCCUAUGUAAACAUGGAGGAGUGUAGGUUCACCAUACUGUCCUAUGUAAACAUGGAGGAGUGUAGGUCCACCAUACUGUCCUAUGUAAACAUGGAGGAGUGUAGGUUCACCAUACUGUCCUAUGUAAACAUGGAGGAGUGUAGGUCCACCAUACUGUCCUAUGUAAACAUGGAGGAGUGUAGGUCCACCAUACUGUCCUAUGUAAACAUGGAGGAGUGUAGGUCCACCAUACUGUCCUAUGUAAACAUGGAGGAGUGUAGGUCCACCAUACUGUCCUAUGUAAACAUGGAGGAGUGUAGGUCCACCAUACUGUCCUAUGUAAACAUGGAGGAGUGUAGGUCCACCAUGCUGUCCUAUGUAAACAUGGAGGAGUGUAGGUCCACCAUACUGUCCUAUGUAAACAUGGAGGAGUGUAGGUCCACCAUACUGUCCUAUGUAAACAUGGAGGAGUGUAGGUCCACCAUACUGUCCUAUGUAAACAUGGAGGAGUGUAGGUCCACCAUACUGUCCUAUGUAAACAUGGAGGAGUGUAGGUCCACCAUGCUGUCCUAUGUAAACAUGGAGGAGUGUAGGUUCACCAUACUGUCCUAUGUAAACAUGGAGGAGUGUAGGUUCACCAUACUGUCCUAUGUAAACAUGGAGGAGUGUAGGUCCACCAUACUGUCCUAUGUAAACAUGGAGGAGUGUAGGUUCACCAUACUGUCCUAUGUAAACAUGGAGGAGUGUAGGUCCACCAUACUGUCCUAUGUAAACAUGGAGGAGUGUAGGUCCACCAUACUGUCCUAUGUAAACAUGGAGGAGUGUAGGUCCACCAUACUGUCCUAUGUUAACAAGGAGUGUAGUUCCUCUUUACUGUCCUACUUAAACUGGUUUUAAAGCUACAAAUGUUUGAGGGAUAUUACUUGAACUAAGGACAGUCCAUUGCAUGCCUGUCGACAAUGAGUUUUCAUUUUUGUUUCUUCACUCUUCU